AUGUUCCCCAUGGCGGACAAAAUCGAGCAGGGGGGCGAGGAGGCGUUUGAGGAACUGAGCGUCGAGUACGUGGCCAAGACGCGCCAAGGACCGCAUGCGGCAUGCAUGGCGCACAUGCUGGAGGAUCUGUAUGUCCCUGUGGAGGUGUUGGGCUGCAUUGCCUCGCACUUUGACGCCGCGGCGACUCUGCUCGCCUUUGACGUUGAGCUCUCGGUCGACGGAGAAAUGACGCACUCCUGGACAGGGCCCUACUGGGAAAGCGGCCAGGGCGAAGGCGGAGCCGCCCCGCGCCUCUGGCCCGGCGAGCCGCCGCCCUGGUUCAGGCCGUUCAUCGCGAUUAGCAAAGACAACGACCACCUUGUCUCCCGUGAUGGCGCUGAAGGGUGGGCCGUCCCAGCCGCCCUCGCCGAGGCGUACACGUGCACGGUGACGGUGACGCACGCGCUUCGCUCGGCGCGGCUCUACAGCGGCCGCCCGUCCCUCGUCUGCGCGUCGCGCGACGACUGCGUCGUCUUUGACGAGCGGCGCCUGCCGCCUCUCUUCUCGCCGCCCGAUCCCUC